UUUUAGUUGACUCCACUUCAGAUACCAACCCACACAGAGCCAUCCUCGUGUAAACUAAGAUAGCCAGUGGAAGAGUAAUUCAUUACGCAUGUUAGCUGGAGAAGUAGAAGGUAGGACGAGACAUCUCAUAGAAAUUAAUUAAGUCAAAGUCUGAGAAGAUUGAUCGAUCUAGCAGUAGCAGGACUGUACGUACGUGAAUCGUAACUAAGAAGAGAUGGAGUUGGAAGGACGAAGAGCGACGUGGAUUCAUCUUCAACUUCUAGUGCUUGUGGUGGUUCUUCUGGGUUUCUCUCACUUCAUCUCCAUCAUCAAUGCUGUUCCAGUUUCGAGGACAAGAAAUCUGGAGAAUCUGGGUGGAGAUCACAAUAUUAUUCAUCAAUCUGAUAUUCAGAAUGCCCCUCAGAUAAGUAAUAAAGAAUCGACGAAAGAAGAAAAAGGCGGCGAUGGCAACAUAGAGGGGAGACUUUUAGAGAACCUUCAUGACUAUUCCGCCACACCCGACAACGGUCAUGAUCCGCGGUCGGGACGAGCAGCUAGCCAUGAGAAGAAAGAUUAAUUAAUUAAUUAAUUAGUCUUUGGGAUAAAUUUAAGCUUUUGUUUUUAUGAAAUCUAAUGAUGUACUAGUUUCAUUAUACUUUGAUUGUUCAAAAAUAGUUCAUGUUAACAUCCUACUGAAAAUAGUGUCACACUGAUUUUAAAAAGAUUGUGAACUAUAUAUAUUAUUAUAUAUUGUUAUUGUUGAUGUACUGUAGUUAUACAUAAAUAAUAAAAAUACUUUAAUCCUUUAAUUAA